AUGUCAUUUGUGUCCGGCUCGUGGCUGUCGCUACAGGGUAACAAAUUCCCAGUCAAACUUCUGUCGCUGCCAUCAAGCCCAUCCAGUGCGGAAUUCGUAAAGAGCACGCUUACACUAUACAAUAACAGCGGUGGUGGUUCCGCCGUGAUGGACGGAGCUGUCACGCUGGGGAGCGCUGGGAGCAAGUUUGUGGUUGGGUGCCUGAGUCUCAACGGGGAACCAUUGUUCCCGAGUGACUAUGAGUCUGUUGGUAUCACGGGUGUGACGCGUACCCUGGAGUGUGGGGCGUGUGGUAUUGAUGUGAAUUGCUUUUCCAUCAUGACAAGGGAGGUGUUGGAGACAUGCGAGUGUAUCUGUGUGAGAGGAGUGUAUGAGCGUGGCUGUCUUCCAGUGUUCAUGCCACACCCGGAUGGCUGUAAUAAACUGCAGCCGAAGCCGACAUUCACCAACACAGCGACGCUGACGCAGUCACACAGCCUGACGCUGACGCCCACACUGACCUUGACGUCCACGAGGACACUGACGCAGACGUCCACGGAGACGCUGACGCCCACAAUGACCCUGACGUCCACGAGGACGCUGACGCAGACGUCUACGGAGACGCUGACCUCCACGCUAACGCUGACCAUACCGACACCAACUGUUACCCUCACCUUAGAGGUGCCUUUUGUUGCGGAACAGUCUGAGGUGAAUAGUGAAUUCGCUGUCUUUGCUGGCAUUGCCGCUGCUCUGUUGACCGUUGGACUCUUUGUUGCUGGUGGCCUUGGAUCGAUCCUUGAUAUACAGACACUCGGUGCGUUUGCACUUAUGUCAUGUGCACCGGAUUAUGUGCGUGACAGUUCCGUGGCGCUACCAUACUUUUUAUCUGUGUUUGCCAGUCUUGGUCCACUGUGGAUGGUGGUGGGUAACGCGUUGAUUGCCCUGGUGUUUGGAUGCGUGCAUUACGGACUGACGGUGGUAUUUGAGCGGUGGCGAGGUGUGGAUACGAUAAGCGCAUGGGCGGCGAUGCGUUUCCCAAGCUUGACGUACCUCGUGGCGUACCUAAUGCACCUUGGUAUCUUUGUGGGCUCUAUCUCCAUGCUGGCAAUGCCUGAUGCGCAUCCACAGCACUACGUUAUCGGGGUGAUUGGCGCGCUAUACGGUGUGGCCUUUCCUGUUGCCACCUACUACUUCAUUGCACACUACACCGAUGCGAGUUUCACAAAGUACUGGAAGUUCUCAAAGAAACCGGUGUAUGUGCGAUGGCUGUAUCCCGUUGGGUACUGGUGUCCGCCGGCGCAGGUGCAGAUGUUUGGGAGCAUGUUUACAAAUAUGAAGGGCAGUUAUGCGUACUGGUGUGUGUUCCGAUUGGUGGUGCUCUGCGUUGUGGGAUUGAUUACUGCUGUGCAGCCGCCGGUAGACAAAUGUCACAUUCCGUACUUCUGCAUGGCGGCGGUGCUGUUUGCAGGUGCGGCGGUGUUGGGUUUCAUGAACAUGAUGCGUUCUGCGUUCCUGACGGUGAUGUACACGGUGAGUUUCGUGCUUCUGGCGGUGCUGUGCUUAAUCAAUGGUGCAAAUGCUAUAUCACCAAGUAAUCGUUCCUUGUGGGCUUUUGUAGCCUUUUUUAUACUUCUGAUCAUCGUACUUCUUGUAAUCGGGGUUUGGUGUAUCGUAGUAUGGAUUUACGAGCGUCACCAAUGGCGCGACACGGACGUCGAUGUGGACAGUGAUCGCGGUCUAGAGACUGAAAACGAAGAAGGGAAGAUGGAUAAAGAGAACCCAUUAAUGAGCAGUAGUAACAAUACAACAAGUCCACAGUAUACGGCGCUAAACAAAGAUGACAAGCCAACGGUUGAUGCCACCGAUCUUGAUAUAAAAGAUUUUGAAGAGAAACCUCUUGAUGCCGGGACUACAUCAGCGAACUCUGACGUUCCAGGUGAAAUCGUCGUGGAAAGGCCCAGAUCCCGUAUGCGCCGACGUGUACCAAAUCGAAUACGGCGCAGCAGCAAUAUGUUUGUUACAUGUCCUGAGGCUGAAGGAGAAGAGUUGGCUGAUGAUGAUAUGUAG